AUGGGAGUGAUGAACUUGGAUCAACCACAAUUGUUGUCUAAGAUAGCCAUUGGUGAUGGCCAUGGUGAAACUUCAUCUUACUUUGAUGGAUGGAAAGCCUACGACAAAGAUCCUUUCCAUCCAUCCAAAAAUCCCAAUGGAGUCAUCCAAAUGGGUCUGGCAGAGAAUCAGCUUACUGCUGAUAUGGUUCAAAAUUGGAUAAUGAGUAACCCAGAAGCUUCUAUAUGUACCAUAGAAGGAGUUCACAAUUUCAAACAGAUAGCCAAUUUUCAGGAUUAUCAUGGUUUACCAGAGUUCAGAAAUGCUGUGGCGAAAUUCAUGUCAAGAACAAGAGGAAACAGAGUGACGUUCGAUCCCGAUCGGAUCGUCAUGAGCGGCGGAGCAACCGGAGCUCAUGAGGCUACGGCGUUUUGUUUGGCCAAUCGUGGUGAAGCUCUUUUGGUGCCUACUCCUUAUUAUCCAGGAUUUGAUAGAGAUUUGUGUUGGAGAACCGGAGUUAAACUUGUUCCAGUUAUCUGCGAAAGCUCUAACAAUUUCAAAUUAACCAAACAAGCCUUAGAAGAAGCAUAUGAAAAAGCCAAAGAAGAUAACAUCAGAAUCAAAGGUUUACUCAUCACAAAUCCAUCAAAUCCUUUAGGCACUGUUAUGGACAGAAACACAUUAAGAACUGUCAUCAGUUUCAUCAACGAAAAGCGUAUCCACCUAAUAAGCGACGAAAUAUACGCUGCAACGGUUUUCAGCCACCCGAGUUUCAUAAGCAUAGCUGAGAUAAUAGAACACGACACAGACAUUGAAUGCGACCGUAACCUCGUUCACAUAGUUUACAGUCUUUCAAAAGACAUGGGAUUCCCGGGGUUUAGAGUCGGUAUAAUAUACUCUUACAACGAUACCGUUGUUGAUUGCGCGCGCAAAAUGUCGAGCUUUGGACUAGUUUCAACACAGACACAGUAUUUGAUGGCGAAAAUGCUAUCCGAUGACGAAUUCGUCGAGAAAUUUCUUGCUGAGAGUGCGAAAAGGUUAGCACAAAGGUACAGAGUUUUCACGGGCGGAUUAAUCAAAGUCGGAAUCAAGUGUUUACAAAGUAACGGCGGACUUUUCGUGUGGAUGGACUUAAGAGGACUUCUUAAGAAUGCGACAUUCGAAUCAGAACUCGAACUAUGGAGAGUGAUUAUUCAUGAAGUUAAGAUCAAUGUUUCACCUGGUGUUUCAUUUCAUUGCUCUGAGCCAGGUUGGUUUAGAGUAUGUUAUGCUAACAUAGAUGAUAGAGAUGUGCAAAUUGCAUUGCAAAGGAUUAGAUCAUUGGUGACUCAGAAUAACAAAGAGGCUAUGGUUUCUGAUAAGAAUUCUAAACCUUGCUGGCAUAGUAAUUUGAGGUUGAGCCUUAAAUCAAGAAGGUUUGAUGAUAUUAUGAUGUCACCUCAUUCUCCAAUUCCUCAGUCACCUCUUGUGAAAGCCACUACUUGA